ACGGGGUACUGAAUAGCUCAGUUGUGGUAUUGUUUCCAUUGGGGAGAGGGGCCUGCGCUCACUGUUACGAAGCAAGCAGCGGGUCGAAAACGGUGACCUCACUCUGAGCUCUGUGCACCAUUGGUGACUCAGCCGGUGGCAGCUUACUAUGGCGGUGUGCCUGGCCGUGAUAGGCAAGGAGAACUCGCCCCUGUAUAUCAUACAGCCUGAUCCCGCAUCUGAACUGCAGUUUCACUACACGGUCCACACAGCACUGGAUGUGGUGGAAGAGAAGCUGGGCGCCACGGGCAAAUCGGCCGCCGACGGCCGCGAGCUCUAUCUAGGCCUGCUGUACUCCACCGAGGAGUACCGCGUCUUCGGCUACGCCACCAACACCAAGAUCAAGUUCGUCAUCGUGGUCGAAGCGGCCAACGUGUCGAUCCGGGACAACGAGAUCCGCACUAUGUUCCGCAAGCUGCACGUCGCCUACACCGACAUGGUGUGCAACCCGUUCUACCUGCCGGCGCGGCCCAUCACUUCACCGGCGUUCGAGAAGGUGGUGCGCCACAUCGUGACUGGAAACUGAGGGCGCUGGGAGCGGGCGAGUGGUGAGGGUGAGGUGUAUCGCGCGCUGAGCGAACUGUGGUCCGAAGUGUGGUGGGAGCCCUGUGCACAGGUCAGAAGCGAUGGAGUGCGUGGGUAACGGGUGUGAUACCCGGGGGGACCGUGGUUGGUCGUGGAGACGUGGCCGGAGCGAGCCGACACUGGCAUUGCAGCGAAGCUGUCUGCUAUCUUGCCGAGCCACUCAUGGGGACUGAGCGGUGAGGGUCUGGGAAUUUCGCGGAGCAUCGGGGUCCUUUUGUGAAGCCUCGUUGUGACUGUUCUUUAAUGAGGGGUCAUGAAGGGAAUCAGCUCGCCGGCCUCCGAGAGGCCGCGGCCCAUCAACCUCGCCAGGCCCUGCCUUCCUGUAUUCGUAAAACGUGCGUGCUGUCAUUAGAUCACUAUGCUUUGAACCGUGGCACCUCGUAUGUCAGACAAUAUGUGACCUUGUUUUCGUCGUGCCCUUCGGAUCCAUGCAAAAGAUCCGCGGAAGCUGGACGAGUAUGAUGCUGUUAUUCACGAAAUAUUAGUUCCGAGUUUAGACCACAUCGCGAUUGAUGAUUAUCCAACAGUGUCAAAAGCUGCCUAGCAACAAAAAAAUAGGAUAUGGAACCGACGGCCCGGAGUCGGUUUUGAGGGCGGACAAAAUUUCCUUCAAAUCUUUCCUGCAGAGUUGGGAUCAAAUCUGCUUGCCGCGAGCCAGAGUCGGAGUUGACUCUGCUCCGCUAGAGUUGAACUCAAGGUUCGCUAUCUUCUUUUGACGGUCGGCCUACAUUUGACACAGCAAAGCCCGUUUUCCUAUUGAACCGCCAUCGCUGAUGCACGCACAACUGCUGGAUCUCAGUUAACCAAACCGCUGUUCAAAAUACCGGACAGGGCGCAGAAUCAAUGGUGAUUCGCUUUCGUUUUCAUGACUGCGACUUCUUCAUGUUGGCAGUGCCUUAACCAGGAAACUGAAACUUGCUGUUGAACUAGGAAAGUGCGGAGACAGACUGCUAUUAUGCACGAUGGGGGCGCAGAUGGUAGGCAUGCCCAACCCCCCUAGAGAUGAAGUAAGCAAUGAGAAUAUCUCAUCACCAGACAAGGUAACGUUCGUUUCUGGUUGCUAACAUUAUCUCAGUAAAACAUGACUAAAGAC